UUUCUGCGAGCCAAUUUGUGAGUAAAAUGGGUGCUGGGAAUACAUUGGUCUUUAAACCAGGGGCGAUCUUCAUUCUGGCAGUCCUCAUGGCUGAAUCGUGCGCAGGACACGAUAAGCAUGUCGAACCUAGAAAGCUCAUAAGUACUACUGAUGACAGGCCAGGUUCAAUAAGCAUUGAUUGUGGGGUGAAUGAAGAUUAUCCAGAUGAGCAAAGUGGAAUAUAUUACAAGUCAGAUUCGGAUUUCGUUAAAGCUGGAGAGAAUAAACAGGUAUCCCCACGAUACAUACUCACACAUCCUCAGAUGGGGCAGAUGCUUCAAACCUUAAGAAGUUUUCCAGAGGGAAAGAAGAACUGUUACAACCUUAAACCUGAACAGGGGAAAGGCCACCACUACAUGUUCAGAGCCAUGUUUUAUUAUGGAAAUUAUGAUGGCCUGCAACAACCCCCUUCGUUUGAAGUAUACCUAGGAGUGAAUUUUUGGACGACCGUGAGCUGUAGCAACGACAUGACAUUUUAUUAUAAUGAAAUCAUCCAAUUUUUGUCGACCGAUACCAUAGAUGUCUGCUUGGUGAAUACCGGCUCUGGUAUUCCAAUCAUUUCUGCAUUGGAACUUCGGCUUUUGAACGACGCCAUUUACCAGAUUGAAUCAAGAGUACUCGGUGAACGCAUCCGUUAUGAUGUAAUCGAUAACAAUUUUUCCACAACCAGAUACAAAGAUGAUGUUUAUGACCGCAUCUGGAAACAUAUCACUUUUCCUGGAGCAAGUUUAAACAAAACAAUGAUAAAUAUUGAUAUCCAAGAUAGUAACAAUAACUACAGAAUUCCAACAGAGAUUUUGAAAACGGCUAUACAACCAUCAAAUCGUUGGGAUUCAUUGAGUUAUUGGUUUAAAAUGCCAACAGAUUACUUUGAAAGGGAUCUAUAUGUUUACUUUCACUUUGCUGAGAUUGUAAAUACCACAGAAGAUCAACGACGAGAAAUCAGCAUUACGUUGAAUGGUGUGAAGUUAGCCCCGAUUACUCUGGAAUACUUAAAACCACUAAGCAUAGGACCCCAAAACUUUCCGAUCAAAGGAUUUGUCAAUUUUUCAAUUGAUGCAACGGCAGAGUCUAGUCUUCCACCCCUUCUCAAUGCCUUCGAGAUUUAUAUGGAUGUUAAAUUCCCGACAUCACCAACGCAUCUUGUGGACGUUGAUGCAAUCAUGGACAUCAAGCAAAUGUACAAGAUAAGUAGACCUAAUUGGCAAGGAGACCCGUGUGUCCCAGGAGCAUAUGAGUGGAGUGGUUUGCACUGCGGUUUUGAGAAUUCUACUAUGAGGAUCACAUAUCUGAAUUUGAGCUCAAGUAACUUGGAAGGGGAGAUUUCUUCUUCAUUCUUCAGUCUGACAGCAAUGGUUUCUCUGGACCUAUCAAAUAAUAAAUUGACAGGGCCGGUGCCCGAAUUUUUAGCACAACUACCCAAGUUGAAAGUCCUUGAUUUAUCUGGAAACAAGUUCAAAGGGCAAAUUCCCAAGGCUUUAAUGGAGAAGUCUAAUAGUGGAACUUUGCAACUAAGAUUGGACGAAAAUCUAGACCUAUGCCUGAUAGAUACUUGUGAAAAUAACCAUAAGAGGAUGGUUCGUCCCAUAGUCGCUUCUGCUGUUUCAGUUGUGGCCCUUCUUAUCUUAUUGAGUGUUCUACUCAUCAUUUGCAUAAUUAAGAGGAGAAGACAAAAAGGGGCCAAAUUAAAGGAGGAGCGGUCAAUGAAAUCAAAGAACAAAACCUUUACUUACUCCGAGAUUUCUAACAUAACCACCAAUUUCACAAUGGUUAUUGGGGAAGGAGGAUUUGGAAAAGUUUACCUUGGCACGCUGAAUGAUGGCACUCACGUUGCUGUUAAGGUUCUAUCAUCAUCAUCAAAACAAGGCUAUAAGGAAUUCCAAGCGGAGGCACAAUUGUUAAUAAUAGUUCAUCAUAAGAACCUAGUUUCACUUGUGGGAUAUUGUGAUGAAGAUGACAACAAAGCUUUGGUUUAUGAAAACUUGGUUAAUGGAAACUUGAGGCAGCAUUUAUCAGAUGGAAACACAAACAUUUUGAGCUGGAUUGAAAGACUUCAAAUUGCUGUAGAUGCUGCACAUGGAUUGGAGUAUUUGCAUAAUGGUUGCAGGCCACCAAUAGUCCAUAGAGAUUUGAAAACCUCCAACAUCUUAUUAACUGAAAACAUGCAAGCCAAGAUAGCUGACUUCGGAUUAUCUAGAGCUUUUUCAACAGAAUUUGCUUCCCAUAUAUCAACUUGCCCUGCAGGAACACCUGGAUACCUAGACCCUGAGUUUCACUCAUCAGGAAUCAUUAACAAGAAAAGUGAUGUCUAUAGCUUUGGAAUAGUUCUACUAGAAUUGGUUAGUGGUCAACCUGUCAUAUUAAGAGGUGAAGAGCCCAUUCAUAUAAUUGAGUUGAUUAAUCCUUUGAUUGAAAGAGGGGAUAUCCGGAGGGUCAUUGAUCCAAGGUUACAAGGUGAAUUCAACAUCAAUGCAGCCUGGAAAGCAGUGGAGAUAGCAAUGGCAUGUGUGUUGCCUCUUGGAAUCCAGAGGCCAGACAUGAGUCAGGUACUAUUAGAACUUAAGGAGUGUUUGGAUUUAGAAACGGGUUCCAGAGAAACUCAAAAGAUAGGGAGCCAGAUAUUGAAUAAUUCACUUGAAAUCGCUCAUCCUCUUGCUAGGUAAUUCAAUAGACAAUGCUUCAUGGAUUUGUGGAUGUAAUUCCUUCUUGUUGUUUAAGGCUAUAAACUAUUGUUAGUUUAUUUGAGAUCAAGUCUGUUAAGCUAGGUUUUUAGCAAUUAUGUCUUUUAUGAAUUUUGUAAACCAUGUUAGUGGUGUAGCAAUUUGUAUUGUAGUUUCCCAACUUCUUUUUGUUUUAGCAACUACCAUGUAUAAGUUUCUAUUUUUCCUUAUAAAUUGGACGUAUUUUC